AUGUUCAGCAAGAAGUCCUACGACGGCCCCCCUGGGGGCUAUGGCCCCCCCACGGGCUACGGUCCGCCCGCAGGCGAUUAUGGCUACGACUACGGUGCCCGCUCGCCCCCGCCGGGCUCCUACUACAUCGAGGACGUGCCACAGCACUUCUACAAGUGGACCUCGCCGCCUGGCGUGGUGAGGAUCUUGGAGGCCAUCGUCAUCCUCCUCUGCAUCGCCAUCUUCGCCUGUGUGGCCUCCACCCUGGCCUGGGAGUACGGCUACGGCUUUGGGGGGGUUUAUGGCAACGGGCUGGGGGGCUACUAUGGCUCCGGCUACUAUGGCAGUGGGCUGAACUACGGCUACGGUUACGGGGGCUACUACGGUGGGGUCACCAACCCGCGGGCGGCCAACGGCUUCAUGAUCGCCGUAGCCGUGCUCUGCUUCCUGGCCCAGCUGGGGCUCUUCGUUGCCAGCGUCAGCAAGUCGAGCGGCUCUCGCUCCCGUCGAUUCUACCUGGUGGUCAUCGUGGUCUCCGCCGUGCUAGCCUUCAUCAUGCUCAUCGCCUCCAUCGUCUACAUCGUGGGCGUCAACCCCCAGGCGCAGAUGACCGGCAGCUACUACUACAACCCCUUGCUGACCAUGUGCAGCCAGAUAUACAGCAGCAACAACUACCUGAACCAGUACCUCUACCACUACUGCACCGUGGACCCCCAGGAGGCCGUGGCCAUCGUCUGCGGGUUCCUCAUCGUCAUUCUACUCUGCCUCAUCUGCUUCUUUGCUCACAAGACGCGGAGCAAAAUCUGGAAGUAUGGGAAACCAAACAUCUACUGGGACAAGAUGCCGGUGGUCCAGGAGGGUCCCAACGUGGAGGAGUGGGUGAAGAACGUGGCGGAUGGGGCCAGCAUGCAGGACGAGAUGGCCACGCUUGCCUACUCGGAGAAGCCGACGAGCCCCAUCGCUGCGCCGCCCUACAGCCCUCCCUCCUACAGCUACCCCCCCCAGAACGGGUACUACCCCUCGGGGACCUACAGCAGCCGGGGUGACCAGCCGGAUCGGGUGGUCAGCCCCAGCCUGGCGGAGGAGAAGGCGCGGGAGCAGCCCUCCAAGCCCCCCGCUCGCCGUGGCCGCCGGCGCCGGCGCAACCCUGAGCUGGACGAGUCGCAGUAUGAGACCGACUACACCACGGCCGUGGAGUCCGGCGAUGAGCGGGACCAGGACCAGUGGGCCAGCCUCUACCCCCCCAUCACCUCGGACGGCACCCGCCAGAAAUACAAGCAGGAGUUUGACACGGACCUGAAGCGCUACAAGCAGCUCUGCGCUGAGAUGGACGGCGUCAACGACCGCCUCAACCAGCUCAGCAAACAGCUCGACAGCAUCUCCGAGGACAGUCCCAAGUACCAGGACGUCGCAGAAGAGUACAACAGGCUGAAGGAUCUAAAGCGGAGCCCCGACUACCAGACAAAGAAGCUGGAGACCAAAACCCUGCGCAACAAACUCUUCCACAUCAAGCGGAUGGUGAGCGACUACGACAAGGUGCGGGGGUAG